UUCUCGGUUUUAAUGUGGAGUUCCAAGUUGUGGGCGACACGCGUGGAAAAAGCAGCCUUACGGAAAGCUUUGCACGAGUGUUUCAAUGAAGAGGUGGGCAGAUGAGACGUCGGUGUGCGCUCGAUUCUCUCUAACUGACGAGACGUGAGGAGUAAACAUGCGUAACACGACCCGUUGCCGCGAUCUCCAUUGACGCAACCUCCAUGGACACGGCUGGUGUGCCUAUUGUUGGAGUUCACGUUUAAGUCUGUUGUUCGCGUGUAAACGAGAGCAAGUCUCCCAGCAUUCUGGAAACAUGGACAUGUACGCUGUGCCCAGCCCAGGAAUACCAGGGUGUCCACCAGGAUUAGAGUACCUGACAACUGUGGAUCAGCUCCUCAUCAAACAGAAGGUUGAGGUUGUUGAAGCCCUAGUUGGUUUUGAAAGCAAUAACAAGUAUGAGGUGCGGAACGUCAUGGGUCAGAAUGUGUUCUACGCCGUCGAGGAGAACGACUGUCUGAGCCGGCAGUGCUGCGGCCCCCUGCGGCCCUUUAACAUCCAUGUCCUCGACAACUUUGGCCAGGAGAUCAUCAGCAUCACCAGGCCGCUGAAGUGUAUGUCUUGCUUCUUCCCGUGCUGUUUACAAGAACUGGAGGUGCAGGCUCCACCCGGUAACACGGUUGGCUACGUGAUACAGCAGUGGCAUCCGUUGUCUCCUAAAUUUAUUGUAGCAAAUGAACACAAUGAACCGGUACUGAAGAUCCAUGGGCCCUUCUGUGGCUGGAGCUGCCUUCCCGAUGUUGACUUCGAGAUUUUGACAAUGGACGAAGUCAGCAAGAUCGGAAAAAUCAGCAAGCAGUGGACAGGACUGCUACGGGAGGCAUUCACAGACGCCGACAACUUCGGCAUUCAGUUUCCCAUGGAUCUGGACGUGAGGAUGAAAGCUGUAAUGAUCGGCGCAUGUUUUCUCAUUGAUUUCAUGUUUUUUGAGACUACCAACUGAGACUAGGAGCCAAGCAGGAUUUCUACAUCGCAAUCCUAGUGGAACAAGGCCAUGAAGCCAUGAUGAUCAGUGCCAAAAUGCAGAUCGAUCAAACAACCUUCAAUAAAUAGAGUACUAAAA